AUGCUGCAAGUUCAGCUGUUGCGUCACACCAAAGAGCCGCUGGUGAAUAACUGGCCGUGUAACCCGGACCUCACGCUCAUCGCUCACAUCCCUGACCAGAGGACCAUCGUGUCGUUCGGCAGCGGAUACGGAGGAAACUCGCUGCUGGGGAAGAAGUGCUUCGCUCUCCGCAUCGCGUCCCGCAUCGCUAAAGAGGAGGGCUGGCUGGCCGAACACAUGCUGGUCAGUCAGAAACAAACUCAGUCCAGACCAGCACUGAUCACAUCCAGAGGAGCCACACUUUUGUGUGUGUUUGCAGGGAAAGUGAUCAUGCACGACCCCUUCGCCAUGCGUCCGUUCUUCGGGUAUAACUUCGGUCAGUAUCUGUCUCACUGGCUGAGUAUGGAGCAGCGGCCCGAUGCUAAACUGCCCAAGAUCUUCCACGUCAACUGGUUCCGCAAGAGCUCUUCCGGACGCUUCCUGUGGCCCGGAUACGGCGAGAACAUCCGCGUGCUGGAGUGGAUGUUUCUCAGGAUCGACGGCGAGGCCGGAGCGAUGCCCACCACGGUCGGGUUGGUUCCCUCGGCCGGCGCUCUGAACCUCCGCGGCCUGCCGGAGGACCUGGACCUCAGCCAGCUCUUCAGCAUCUCAGCAGACUUCUGGAGGCAGGAGCUGGAGGACAUCAGAGCGUACUUCCAGCGCGAGGUGAACGAAGACCUGCCCGGAGAGAUGCAGAGACAGCUGGAGCUGCUGGAGCAGAGAGUCACACUCCAGACCAGACGCGGAGAACUUUGAGUUUAACAUCUAUCAUCACACAUAGCACUGCAAAACAUGAGUUGCUUGCUUGUAUUGUUUUCUGAAAAAAUGAUCCAAACUUAGCUUAAAACA